ACUUCCAUCCACCUCCUCGCCCCGGACGGGACCUCAGCCGAUAAGACGCCUCCUCUCCUCCCAGUCGGGCCAGAGCACUUCCGGGCUGGACGGGGGUGUUUCCGGGGCGUCGUCCUGCUGUGGCGGCCCGGGACGAGGGACCGGCGCUCGCUGUGGGGAGUGAUCGGUCUCUCCGGUUUCGGCGAUGAGCACUUUGAUGGCCUCGGUCGUCGUGCUGCUGGCGUGGCCGCUCCUCUGUCGGUCAGGAGAAGCAGCCGGGCCCCAGUCGGAGAAAGAGGGUAGCGACGGUCCGUCCGAUGUUUUGAAUGGAUUAUUAACCGAUUAUGACAUCCUCUCAUUGUCGGAUAUCCGCCAGCACACUCUAAGAAAGCGUGAUGCAGAACCACAGACCCAUUUGGAACAAUCGGUACAGUUUUCAGCCCUGAAUAGAAAUUUUAACUUGUACUUAACUUCAAAUGUGGAGCAUUUUUCUGAAACUUUCAAAGCAGUGGUAGUGGAUGGAGAAGGAAAUGAAGAAGUAUAUCCUGUGCAAUGGAAAAAUUUCUUUUCUGGCCACGUGAUUGGUGAACCAGGUUCAAAAGUCCGUGCUCUUAUUGAUGAGGAGGAAUUUAUUGCCAGAAUUAUUACCGAUGAAGGAGAAUAUAACAUAGAGCCCCUAUGGAGAUUUAUUAACUCUGCCCCGGUUGAAAAAUUGUUGGCAUACAAAUCUGAAAAUGUCUUGGAAAUUGGACGAUUAAAAUCAUCUAAUGUCUGUGGUUAUAUAAAGCUGAAUGAUUCUGAGCUUUUGCCAGAAGAUGAUUAUGAUGAAGAGGAUGAUUUUGACAUAGAUGCCUCCACUGAAUAUAUCCAGCGACAAAAACGACAAAAGGUCCCUUUAGAUCCCGAGAAGAAUACCUGUAAAUUGCUAGUAGUAGCAGAUCAUCGGUUUUUCAGGCACAUGGGGCGAGGAGAAGAGAGCAUCACUAUCAAUUAUUUGAUAGAAUUGAUUGACCGGGUGGAUGACAUUUAUCGAAAUACCUCUUGGAAUGAUGCUGGAUUCAGAGGUUAUGGUUUGCAGAUAGAAGAGAUCAUUGUUAAAAAAGAACCAACCAAGGUAGCUUCAGGCGAGAAACACUACAAUAUGCAAGGGACCUAUCCAGUUGACAAAGAUGCUUGGGAUGUUAAACCUCUAUUAGAGCAAUUCAGCGCUGAUAUAGCUGAUAGAGCAUCCAAAGUUUGUCUUGCACAUUUGUUCACCUACCAAGAUUUUGAACAUGGAACACUUGGGCUAGCUUAUGUUGGAUCUCCAAAACCACGUGCUUUAGGUGGUAUUUGCCCUACACGUAAGUCCAAAUCUGUAUCAUCUAGGAAUGUUUUUUCACCAGCCUAUGAUCACCCAAUCUUGCAGAAGGCAGUUUACCUAAAUACAGGAUUAACAAGCACUAAGAAUUAUGGAAAAACAAUCCUCACUAAGGAAGCAGAUCUUGUUACUGCUCAUGAAUUAGGGCAUAACUUUGGAGCAGAGCAUGACCCAGAUAGCCAUGAAUGUGCUCCCACUGAUGAUGAUGGUGGAAAGUAUGUCAUGUAUCCUAUCGCAGUGAGUGGUGACCAGGAUAAUAACAAGCUAUUCUCCAACUGCAGCAAACGAUCAAUUUAUCAGACUCUAAUUAAUAAAGCAUCCAAGUGCUUUCAAAAAAGGAACAAUAAAGUAUGUGGCAAUUCACGUGUAGACGAAGGAGAGGAGUGUGAUCCUGGGCUUUUAUAUCUACAUGAAGACAAAUGUUGUACUGAUCAAUGUAAACUCAAGAAAGACAAAAAAUGCAGUGACAAGAAUAGCCCAUGCUGCAAGGACUGCCAAUUUGAAAAAGCUGGGAAGAAAUGUCAAGAAGCAAUCAAUGCAACAUGCAAAGGAGAAUCUACUUGUACAGGGACUGACCAGUUCUGCCCUGCUCCUGGAAAUGCAGCAGAUCAGACAAUUUGCGUGGAUAUGGGAAAGUGCAAAAAUGGGGAAUGCAUUCCUUUCUGUGAGGCAGAGCAUAACCUCAAGUCAUGUGCUUGCAAUGAAACUGACAAUUCCUGCAAAGUUUGUUGUAGAGAAAAUGGAAUUUGUAAACCAUAUAUAGACCAAAACAAGCAGUUUUUAUAUCUGCGCAAAGGAAAACCCUGCACUGUUGGAUUCUGUGACGGACAUGGCAAAUGUGAAAAGCAAGUACAGGAUGUGAUAGAACGAUUCUGGGAUUUCAUUGAGAAAUUGGAUAUCAAUACUUUUGGGAAAUUCCUAGCUGACAAUAUUGUUGGAUCUGUUGUUGUUUUCUCUCUGGUUUUUUGGAUUCCCCUCAGUAUUCUCGUCCAUUGUGUGGAUAAGAAAUUAGACCAGCAGUAUGAGGAGAGCACAAAAACAUUCUUCCCUCCCAGUAACGCCGAGAUGUUUAGCAGCCUAGAAUCUGCAUCAGUUCGCAUAGUGAAGCCUCCCCUUCAGUCCACAAGCCGUUUUCAACAACCUCCACCACCAUCAACACCAAUGGCAUCAGUGACUGUUCCAACAAUCGUGGUGCCAACAAAAUCUGACCACCAUCGGAUGGACACUAUACAGGAAGACCCCAGUGUUGAUUCUUUAAUUGGAGAGGGUGGGUUAGGCGAAGAUCCUUUUCCAAAUAGUAGCCAGACAGCAAAAUCCUUUGAAGAUUUAACAGCGCACUCAGCCAACAGGAGUGACAAGGCAUCUCUGUUUAAAUUGCAGCGUCAAACCAGAAUUGACAGUAAGGAAACUGAAUGCUAAUGUUGCUUGAAUGUUUAGUCAAUUUUUAUAAAACACUGAAUUAUUUAUCAUGUGGUUUCUCUUCAUAAGACUUUUGUUACAAAUCAGGCUAUGUGCAAAUUGAUGUGGGCUUCUUCCCAGUGUAUGCAGCAUUUUUUUAAAGCUGGUAAUGUGUUUCUGACCUGGAACUCUUGUAAUUGCUCUUAAGUACACAAAAUGAUUCAAUGUACAGGCCACUUUAUUUAAAAACAAAAGAAAUUUGGCUGGAUCAUAACUAACUGAUAAAAAAAAUCUUCCAAAAAUAAGUUCUUUAUGAAUCUAACUAUUCACUUUUUAACUGAGGCAUAUUUUCUAUUGGGGUAAAGCACAGCUUUGGUCAGUUACAUUUUUGCUGUUUGAAAGCACUGAUAUGUAAAUUACUGCCUUAUGUUUAUGACUAUUGAUUCUACAUCAGUAUUUGCAAGCAGUGUGAGCAGCUUACUGCUGCAAUUUUGGUAAUUAAAGACUUUAAAUUUUUUGUAAAUAUAAAAAUUUGGAACUAUAGUGACCGCAAUGUACUUUAUUAAAAUGUUUGGAUUUUUAAUUGGUUUGUUUUAAUGAAUAGCUUCAAAUAUUUUGAAGAAAUUGUAAAUUUAUCUUGUGGCGGACAGUCACAUGGGUUUUCCUGAAAAAUGCCAGCAGUUCUGCAUGAAACGUCAGUUACUAUCAGGAAGCUUGGGACUCUUGUGCAGGUAAGGACAUACAGAAAUCCUGAACUUCCUUAAUU